CUAUUUCCCCGGGACGAAAAAAAGUGCGAAUCUGAGAGAGAGGGAGAGUGAGAGAUUGGGAAAUGGCUGGGGCUAUUGCUACUUCAAUUUCUCUAUUCUCGCCAAUCGCCGCUAAAAUAAAGGGCAAAGACUACUCUUCUUCUCCUUCUUUUGGGAUUUACCAAAUUAACCCCACAUCCACAUUACCUAUUUUGACUUCCAAUCACAGAUUUCGGGCCCCAAUUCCCAAAGCUUCAGUUGGAAGUGCAAACUUUGUCUUGGAGCCCUCGACCAAUGUGAAAUUUCAGACACUGUUGAGUGUGCCUGGAUGCUUGGAUCCAUUAGUUCUGCUUGGCACAGGUUACAGGGAGAAGGUUUUUGCUAUCAUUGGUGUAAAAGUCUAUGCCGCUGGGUUGUAUGUAAAUAAUUCUAUAAUAGAAAAUUUGAAUGCAUGGAAGAGAAAAUCAGCUGCUGAAAUUGAAAAGGAUUCCGCUCUGUUUAGUGCUGUUUAUGAAGCAUCUUCAGAGAAAUCGUUGCAGAUUGUUCUGGUCAGGGAUGUCGAUGGUAAGACUUUCUGGGAUGCAUUAGAUGAUGCCAUCUCACCAAGGAUCAAAGCACCCACCCCUGUUGAUGAAUCUGCGCUCUCCACAUUUCGUAGCACCUUUCAAGGACGCCCUCUUAAGCAAGGGACUCUCAUAUUCUUGACUUGGGUGGAGCCAUCCAAGAUGCUAAUUUCAAUCUCAUCAGAUGGGAUGCCAUCAACUGUGGAUGCCACAAUCGAUUCCACAAACGUUUCUUCAGCUCUUUUCAAUGUUUUUUUUGGAGAUGCUCCUGUUUCUCCUCUCUUGAAAACCUCAGUUGCUAAUGGGCUGGCAAUGUUGAUCAAGUAGAUGUAAAUGGUAAUUAUAUAUUUUGUUCAGAAAAUAACUAUAUAUUUGAUCAAUGGAGGUGUCUAUUGUUGCCCUU